GGGACUAGCGGAAGGAGGGAGGGGGCCGCGCUUGGUGCCCGGGCCGGGCCAUAGGGCCACACGGCCACGCUAGCGCCGCCGCCUGCGAGUCCACGCCGGAGCCGAGCCGGGCCAGGCAGGCAGAGAAGCUCGGGUCAACCAUGCUGAUGAAAAUUUAAGUUGGAUUUGAGAAACAAGAAGCUGCCUGGAAGUUUGUGUUUUAUGGCUGACAUCCGGACAUUGAAAGGCAGUUCAGCGUCUGUCGGUCCAUUGUCUUGUUUAAGCGCCCUAGAGGGGAGGGAUGUCCCUAUUUGACGAUGAGCAAAGUCAGCAAGGUCAGGUGUCAUGCUCAGAAUCCCAGGCCCCGGGAAGCCUCUAGGAUGCCUGAGUGUGCCUCUCUCCCGCCCCCAGCCUGGCUCCCAUCAUGAGUGCUGAGCUCAACGUGCCUAUGGACCCGUCCACUCCUGCUGGCUCAGAGCCUGGCCACAAGGGCAUGGAUUACCGGGACUGGGUCCGCCGUAGCUACCUGGAACUGGUCACCUCCAACCACCACUCUGUGCAGGCCCUCUCCUGGAGGAAGCUCUACCUGAGCAGGGCCAAGCUGAAGGCCUCCAGCCGCACCUCCGCCCUCCUUUCAGGCUUCGCCAUGGUGGCCAUGGUGGAGGUGCAGCUGGAGACUCAGUACCAGUACCCGCGGCCGCUGCUCAUCGCCUUCAGCGCCUGCACCACCGUGCUGGUGGCCGUGCACCUCUUCGCCCUGCUCAUCAGCACGUGCAUCCUGCCCAACGUGGAGGCCGUGAGCAACAUCCACAACCUCAACUCCAUCAGUGAGUCGCCGCACGAGCGCAUGCACCCCUACAUCGAGCUGGCCUGGGGCUUCUCCACCGUGCUCGGCAUCCUGCUCUUCCUGGCCGAGGUUGUGCUGCUCUGCUGGAUCAAGUUCCUGCCCGUGGACGCGCGCCGCCAGCCCGGCUCCGAGCCCGGCCCCGGGGCCCACACGGGCUGGCAGGCCGCCCUCGUGUCCACCAUCAUCAUGGUGCCCGUCGGACUCAUCUUCGUGGUCUUCACCGUCCACUUCUACCGCUCGCUGGUGCGUCACAAAACGGAGCGGCACAACCGCGAGAUCGAGGAGCUGCACAAGCUCAAGGUGCAGCUGGACGGGCACGAGCGCAGCCUGCAGGUCGUGUGAAGGCUCCGCUCCCCCGGCGGCUCCCGGGAGCCUGCUUCUGGGCCAAGCUCAAGAAUGUAAAUUGCUCACGAGGCUGCCUACUCACUGCCAGGUAGUUCAAGACCAAAGUUUUACUCCUGUCUUAAUGCUGUAAAACCUGGAUCAUUUUCCCUCAGAAAAUGGAAAUCCUUAAGUGACAGACUGUUGCUAAGAGCUUAGGGCAAAGAAAGGCUGAGUCCUGGGCCCUGGGGACUUCCUGAGACAGGAGACAGGGCUGCCGCCCUGUGGUCGCUCACAGAUGUGGAACAAGUGGCCAGGGGUGCAGCGUGCCUGCUGGAGGCCCAGUCGGUAGAGCUGUGAGUUCAGAGGAUUGCCUCGUGACACCUGCAGGGGGCUGCACAGCAGCCUGACGGUACCUGCCUGCUGCGAUGGGGGACUGUGGUGAUUCCAUGGGACACAGGGUUACAGCUGGGCCUGGUGCUUCCCUCCCCUGCUCUGGAGGGAGUUGGGCGGCCUGGCUUAUGGGGAAAGCAGGAGCCUGGGCACACGUCAGCCCAGCAGGUGUGGUGGGUGCUCCAGGAAGUGGCAGACUUGUCAGGGUCUGGGGGAGACUUUCAAGGGUGGAGGCCUGGCAGAGUCGGGAAGGCAUGUCUGUGGGUCCCCUGCGUGAGGAGGCUAUUACCUGAGGGUGCUCCAAAGCACACUGGGCUCAUGUUCGUUCUUCCCAGCCAACCUGGAGCCGUAGCCACACUGACCGAGCAAGUCCACCAGGUUGGGAAGGGCCCACAAUCCAGAGAUCUCCAUCUCUUGGCCACAGAAUGCCCUCGGAGCCUGAGUCAGCUACCCUUCUGGGCUGUGGCUACAGGUCAGGGGCACUCAGGCAGCAAAGCCUGCCCAUCUCCCUGCUGCCCAUCGUUCCAGGCAGCAGGAAAGGCGACCUGGGGGACUUCCUGCCUUGACAAGCAGGCCUAGCCUGGUCUGGUCUGUGGUGGUGGCCCCAGGGCCAGCCCUGGCCAAUGCAGGUCCUGCUUGACGUGAGACAACUGUAGGGAAGCUAUGACCCCAUAUACUCGUCCCUCCUGGGCCCCCCAGACCUCUCAGCUGCACGUCGCGGCCCAGCUCACACAUUUUCUGCCAUGCACAGUGUGUUUUCGAUAAGGGCAUUUGGUAGCCCUAGCCCGUGUUCUUGAGCUGUUCACAUACAGGCUACAGCUCAACUUGCAUGUACUUCGAGCUGCUUUGAAAAACCACGUAGCCACCUGAAGAAGGCCUUUUUGUUUGUUUUUACAAAGCAUCAUUGAACUUCAUGCUCUGAUGGCACUUCUGUCGACAGCCUAGUAUCUGUGGGGCCUGGGUUGCCUGUGUCAUGAAACCCUCGCUGGCCCAGUGGUGUCUGGGAAUGUGGCCUCCUGGUGAGACUGUAAAUCUCAACAUGUAACUCUGAAAUGCUGAGGGGCCCUUUGGGAGCUGUGCUGAGAAUCCCCAGUGUCAGUGGUGACACUUAUGGAAAGCCUGGACAUUGUCCCGCCAGAGAAGUGCCCUGGUGUUUUCCAAGGGCGUGUCCCUUGCAUCUUAUGCAGACAUUUGUUGUGACUUGCUUGCUCUAUAGCGCAUGGCUGCUUUCCCAGAGCCUUGUUGAAAAGGUUCAUCUGCUUUGCAAAAGAAUGUCAGUGUUACUGUAAGACAGUCAUUUGUGUCCUGGCAGUAACAAGACAGGCUGGCUCUUCCCCUCCGCUGGGAGCAGCCACCCAGCCCUUACUCUGGCCUGAGCCUGUUGAGAGGGGCCCUGCUGGACUCACUGCUGCUGCCCACUUUCUCAGGCCACCUGGUGCCCCUGCCCCAUGCGCCAGACCUAUGGAGUGCCAUGCUCCCCAGACUGGAAGGCACACCCCCAGUAUCAGUGGGGGCCAGUUGUUACGCCUGAUCCAUGAGCAGAGCCGUUGGCUUGGCCGCAUCAGGUCUGACACUAGGUGCCCAAUGCCAGAGCCACACAGGUAGGAAACAUGCCACAUACCACAUUUAGACACUGGGAGAAUCAUGUCCUCGUAAUGUCCCGUUCUCUCACCCAGAGUGCUGUCCCAGCUCUGGCCUUUCUCGAGGAAUGCGGCAGAGACGACGUGGGUCUGGGGAGGACGAUGGAAGCUAAGCUGCUAGCUGGAGUUGUAGAACACCUCCGCGGGGCAGCUGCGGGGAGGGGCUGGCAAGUUACAGGCCACAGAUUUGGCUUCUGGAGGUUUAACGUGACGGGAGCGUUCCAGGCCGUGGCCUCUCCGUGCUGAGGCGCCACGGCCGCCCCAGGGCCAGCGCAGGCUUGCCGUGUUUCCCUCCGAGCACAGCCUUCCGGUGCUCAUGCAACAUGCCCGCAGACACUUCAGGCCCAUUCCGAAGUGGAACACCAUCUCCCUUUAGUACCUGACCAGAAAUUUCAAAACUCAAGUGUUUCUAUUUUAGAAACUGUGAGGGCAGAAUGUAUUUUAGUGUCUUCUAGGAAGGUCUGUGGAGGAUAAAACCACAGAAGCCUGAGUGGAUGGAGGCCCCUCUGCAGUCCUCACCUGCCUCGUGCUGAUUCAUUCGUUAUGCAUGACAGUGUGCGUCGUGUGGUGGGCAGAACCCCCGUCCUCCAUGGGGUUUUAAAACAGUUGCUCUGAAUUGAACUGAAUAAACAAGCUAUGAAUCAC